AUGUAUUUGCGUGCCUUUACAGCUCGUUCUCUAGAAUCACUUCCUAUACGUCCCAGUGUAUUUACUCGCUCAUUACCAGCCGAUUCCCAUACAUCCUCUACCACCGAGGGAUCGCAUUCUGAAAGCCUUUUGAGAGUUUCUCGUCCAGUACACAAUGCUGUCUUUGCUUAUGUUCCUCCAGAGACCAGCCCAAAUCCCAAAGUACUAGCUGUGUCCUCUUAUGCAGUACAGGAUCUUGAGCUUGAUCCCGAAGAAUCUAAAACAGAGGCAUUUGCUCAUGUAUUUGCAGGAAAUAAGAUUCUAGAAGGUACCCGACCUUGGGCUCUCUGUUAUGCUGGUCAUCAGUUUGGACAAUUUGCGGGUCAAUUGGGAGACGGGCGUGCGAUAUCUUUAUUUGAAACUGUGUCUAGUAAAGGUGACAAAUUUGAGCUUCAGCUGAAAGGAGCAGGCCGAACUCCUUUUUCCCGAUUUGGUGACGGUCUUGCUGUUCUACGAUCCAGUAUUCGUGAAUUUCUUGUCUCGGAGCAUAUGUAUGCCUUGGGUGUACCUACCACACGAUCUCUUGCACUGACAGCAACUGGAAAACGAGUAUAUAGACAAGAUGCACCUCCAGAGGCAAAGCAACCUGAACGAGGAGCUACAGUUGCUCGUAUGGCACCUUCUUGGCUUCGGUUUGGUAACUUUGAAAUAUUCUUCUCUCGUGGCGAUAUGGAGAACGUCAGAAACUUGGCCGAUUAUGCCAUUGAAAAUGUACUCCCGGAAGAGAAAGGGACAGAAGAAGGCAACAAGUAUGAACGCUUCUUUACACGUGUAACAAAAAGAACAGCCAAAAUGGUCGCAGAAUGGCAAUCGAUUGGAUUCUGUCAUGGCGUUAUGAAUACAGAUAAUAUGUCAAUUCUAGGUCUUACUUUGGACUAUGGACCAUUUCAAAUCCUCGAUUUUUACGAUCCUGAAAAUAUUUGUAACCAUUCUGACCACACAGGGAUGUAUUCAUUUAAACGACAACCUACUGUGUGCGUAUUGAACCUCUUCAAAUUAUCCAUUCCAUUAUUUGAGUUGAUCGGAGCAGGAGAUGCAGCAGACAGCAUUGUGUAUCCAAUCAAGGGCAGAGAUGACCUUGAAUUAACCAGCAAAGAAACCCUGGAUGCCUACCGGGAGGCCGGCCGGGAGAAGGUCACCAAGAUACUGACCAAUGACUUUUCGGAUUGGUUUAUGGCCGACCUGACCGAGAAGAUGAGAUCCAAACUUGGAUUCACGAACUCGAAUAAAGAUGACAUGGAUGACAUUGUCAUUCCUCUCUUGGAUUGGCUGACAGAAUAUGCGGUAGACUACCAUAGCUUCUUCAGAUCUCUGGCCGAUUAUCCAAUCACAGAUGCGGGCGAAGAUCAAGACACCAAAAAGGCUUUGGAAACCCUAUCGAUCGUCACUCAAGAUCCAGGUGUGUUGGAAGACAGCAAGUCCCAAUUGAAGACCUGGCUUUCGAUCUAUCGCCAUAGACUUUUGGAAGAAGGACCAGAAAAAUACGGUGACAAGAGAAAGAGAAUGAACCGUGUAAAUCCACGGUUCGUGUUGCGUAAUUGGAUUGCCCAGGAUGUAGUAAAUGCGUUCGAAGAUCUUUCGGAUGAAGAAGCAAGAGGCGUUCUGGACUCUUGCUUGAAAGCCUGUGUGGAUCCUUUUGAGGAUAAUUAUGAAGACCAACGUAUUGAAAAGUGGAUCAAUACUGGGGUCCCAGAGUGGGGUGUGGAUCUCAAGUGUUCGUGUAGCUCAUAGUCAUAUAGGCUAAAUGAUAAAUGUAUAUUAAGAUAAAAGAAGAAAGAGAGAUUGAAUAUGCUAUAUAAACUGAAAAAGAAGAAGAACAAAAAAAAAGUAUAGAAAUAAAUGACCAAAAAAUAAAUAAAAUAAUAAAACUAUAUGAAUGAUUCAUUU